CAACAUUUGAUAGAAACCAUUUGAAGUCCAUAUAAGCCAUACAUUGGAUAUUAAUAACAAAUAAUUUAGUAUUUUUCCAAAACAAUCAUAAAAUCACAAAACAUUUGAUAAAAUUACUUAUCAUUUGAUUUAUGUAUGAAUUGAAAACAAUAUUAUUGACGACCAAUGAAUACCCGAAAUACUCGGCGGACAUCAGGUGUGGCCACUACUAGACGGAAAACACGGACAGCCGUACAAUCUAAUCAACAGUCGACAGCGGCUACACCCGUAGUCAGCACUGGCCGAGCGACCAGACAGAGUACACCGCGAGUGACGAGAGGCAAAAAAGUCACCGAAUUUGUCGUUCAAGAAGUGGUCACUGAAGAGGCACCGGAACAGCAAUACGAACCGCAAAUAGACGAACAACUGUUGGAUGAAGAAGUGCAAGAAGAUGAACAACAACAACAAGAUUGCAAUACUAUUGCAACACUACAAACACAAUUACAACAACAGGAAGUGCUCGAAGAAGUGGUCGAAGAAGUGCAACAACAAGAAGAACCACAACAAUAUACAACAAUUAUCCAGAUAUACACCGACGGUGACCACAACUAUGAAACUGGAAGUCACGAAAUUAUUCAACAGGCCAUCGAAGCGGGCAUUCUUACGGAAGGAGUUCAAGUUAUUGGCGAACCAAUCAUUGGUGAGGCGACCACUUUGCCCGAAAUGGACGAUUUAACCAGUUAUUGGACAAUUGAAAAGAGUCAAAUCGGCGACGGACGCGUCGAUUAUGUCUGCAAAUGGAUGUUAUGCUCGUUUCGGACGACAUCCGAGUGCUCGAUGCGGAAGCACGCCAUCAAACACCAGAAGCCAUAUCAAUGUUCGUUCAUCGGCUGCGGUGACCGUUUUGUCGACACUGAGGAACUGUUGCAACACUUUUCGGUCACUCAUAUGGACACAAAUGCAUUCAAGUGUACGUUUGCCGAUUGCGAGGAACGGUUCAAAGAUAUCAAAUCGUUGACCGACCAUCGCGUGCAACACGUGUCGCACACCACACAACUUAUCAAAGCUAAUAAAGACUAUAAAAUUGGUGGACAAAGGAAGUCACAAAACGAAACUAUUGCUAAACAACUGUUGGGUUUAAAUAACGAAAAUUUGGAGACAACACUAGAAAGGGGAGAGAUCUUAGUUUACGGUGGCUCUAGUAAUGGACAGCCGUCAGCCAUUUAUGACAGAUACAGAAGUAAUGUACGAACUUCUUCGGUCAUCAGAUGUCCGAUCGGUUCGUUAACCGACGAUAUUGUCGAAGGAAACGAUAAUUAUGUGAAGUGUCGUUCAAAUGACGGCAAAUUCUGGUAUAAAUGUUUGUGGGAUUACUGCGACUAUGGAAAUGUCAAUGAGGGCAUCAUUAGGCGACACGUAUUGAAACACGAGUUUCCACACAAAUGCUCGUUUGAUGGCUGCAGCAAAAGUUUUGCCACCUUAUCGGAAAUGGCUGAACACCGGUCAACUAUUCAUACGGGUCCCACUCCCUAUAGAUGCGAUUGGCCGGACUGUAGCGACGCAUUUGAGGCCUUAAAGCUAUUAACUGAACACAAAACUAAACACUUGAUGUCUGUGUCGGUUCCUUCAAAAAGUGCCGCAAAUCGUGAGAAGAAACUGAAACCACCGCCGACUCCCAAACCAUUUGUCUGUGACUUUGGAAAGUGUAACAUGCAUUACACAACUCAAGAGGAAUUGAAUGGACACAAACAAAUACAUUCCGGGGACCGACCAUUCAAAUGCCAGUAUCCUGACUGUACUUUUGCUGCCAAAUCCAAAGACAAACUACAAAUACAUCACUCGAGACACUCUAACAUUAAACAGUUUCGUUGUCUUUGGCCGACUUGUGACAAAAGUUUUACAAUUAGUGAACAACUUCGUAGACACAGAAAACUUCAUACUAAUAGAGAACAGUUUAUCUGUGAGUUUACCGGUUGUGACAUCGAGUUUACGAAUGCCGACGAAUUGGAUAAACAUCUUCGCCAACACAUGGGUUUAGGCGAUACAGACUUUACUACAUUCACACCAUUUGGCUUUAAAUGCAAUUUCGGUCUCUGCAAAAUGCAUUUUCAAACACAAGAAGAGCUUCAAAGGCAUAGUCGAUCCCAUUGUGGCGAACGACUGUUUAAAUGCGGUUACGAGAAGUGCUCGUAUUCGGCCAAAACACUCGACAAGUUGACCGCACAUCUGCGCUAUCAUUCUGGCGAAAGACCCUUCAAAUGUGAUUUCAUUGGUUGUCAUUUGGAUUUUAUUCAAAGCCAUCACUUGGCCAGACAUCGGAAGUCACAUUUUGGUGGUGUUGGACAGCAAAUGUCCAUUAAAGAUGACGAAAAACAAUUGGAUUGCGAUUUCUGUGGUCAAGAGUUUCCAGACGAUCAGACUUUAGAGUCGCACGACUGUCCAGAGAAGUCAUUACAGGAAAGGUUGGAAAGUUGUGAAAUAGUUGAUAAUAGUAAUGAUAGAAAACGGUCGCUAAGAUCUGUUGAAGAAGAAGAUGGAGAUCAACUUAAUGAAGAAACUAUAACAGACGACAACCAGGUUAUCAAUGAAGAGCAGUCCAAUACCAUCAAUGAGCCUAAGAAGCGAAAAAUUACGCGAAGAAAAGCCACACAAAUAAAUGAUGAAUCGGUGGACAACAACUCGAAAGUAGUUAACUGUACGUUCGGUAAAUGCCAUUUCAAGUGCACCACAGAGGAUGAGCUCAAUGAGCACACAGAAAAGCUUCAUUCAGGUGAUCGUCCCUUUGUCUGCAAUUUCAGUGAUUGUACUUUUAAGACCAAUAGAAAGGAUAAACUAACGAUACAUACCAGACGUCACACUGGUGACCGGCCCUACAAAUGUGAAUGGAAUGGAUGCGAACGUACGUUCAUAUCGAAAGACAAUCUCAAUCGACAUAAUUUAACCCAUUUUCGGUCCAAAUCGAAGACCGAAUCAAUUGAUAUGGAAUUUAAUCGAACACUUAGAGAGUUGGAUGCUUUGCUACAAGACGCUGAUGAUAUCGCACAGUCAUCAGAGGAUAUAUAGUAACUAAUAAUAUGAUAUUUAUAGUCACGAUCUGAUGAUGUCAUCGUAUACAACUACGACAACUAAAACAAUCAGGUCUUAAGCUAUAUCAUAAUAUAAUCAAAAUGUUAUGUACAAAAAAUGCUAUUACCGAUAUGAAAGUUUAUUUGUAUAUUUCCUAGUUUUUAUCAUAUUAUGCAACUUU